GAAUGCAUUGGAGAACAGUCUGUUUUACAGCACAUACAGCACUAACUGAGCUCAGAAUAUACUUAUACUCAACGAUUCGCUCAACUAUUUUCAAAAGUUGUUUUAAUAAUAUGAUCGCUUGAAAAACUUACUGACAAUCAAAAUAUUUACUGUUUUUUGUGACCAUUUAUUUCCAAUCAAUUGAUUUUGUCAUUUAUUUCAUUUGGAUUCCUAUUAUAACUGUUUGUUUGGCAUUUAGUUAUUGUGUUCAUCAGUGAAACAUUGAAUUUGUUUGAUUACAUACCAUUCAAUACCACACAUCAUCUCCUGGUUUGCCAAUUAUUACUUGAUUUACAAAAUUCAAAGUCAAACGUGAAAUCCGAGACAAUGAGGCGUAACGUAUACUCGACAUGUGAUUCACAAUUACCGACGGGCAAGAAGUUUGUGGCCGUAAACUUGUUAACUGAUGAGACCCUCUAUUUUGUUGUCGAGCUUAAAAGCAGAGUCAGUGAAUUGUUUGGACAGAUCUGCAAAUACCUGAGUUUAUGUCAAACAGAGCUCUUUGGUCUCGCAAUCAGAACGGAUUCAUAUUUAUUUCUGGAUACCACACAAAAGCUGUGCAAAUAUGCGUCCAAACAGUGGAAACUACAAAAUAAUGGGGUCGACAACACCGGCAAACCAUUAUUUUCAAUUCAUAUGAGAGUACAGUUUUAUGUCGACUCUUAUCUGUUCAUUAGUGAUAAAGUAGCGAAACUUCUCUAUUAUCUACAACUAAGGGAGAAUGUAGUCAAUUAUGGUCAGGCCCUUUGCGAGGAGAGGGCUUUUAUGUUGGCAUCGUAUGCCCUUCAGGCAGAUUUCGGUAAUUUCAAUCCUGAGCUACACGUCGGCCAAUAUUUUAACCCUCAGCUAUAUUUCGCUUCAUGGGUAAUUGAAAUGAUUGGAUUAGAUUACAUUAUAGAACAUUUACCAUAUUUGCACCGGGAUCAUAAGGGAAUACCAAAAUUUGAAGCCCAAUCUCUGUAUAUUAAAGAGGCAUCCGAUGCCAAUGCUCCACAUAAUCUACACCUGUAUAGGAUGAGGAACAAGACGACAGCAAGUGAUGUUUGGAUCGGCAUUUGCACGACUGGUGUCGAGAUUAACUCCGAAGAGCAACGCAUAUCAAGUAUUCACACCAAUAGUCAUAGUAGUCAUACCUGUGCUAAACAAAAGACCCGCAUUUCAUACUUCACGUGGUCUGACAUCGGGAAACUGUACUUCGAUAAGAAAAAGUUUGAGAUUCGCUCAAUUGGUCCAUCUGUCAGAAAGUUUACAUAUUAUGCCAGCAGUGAAGAUGCGGCCCGACAUUUGCUAUGGCUCUGCAAAGUCACCCAUCAGUUCCAACUCGUCAUUCAAUUGAAAAUGAAAGAAAUUAAGAGACGAGAGUCAGAAAUGAAUAGAAAAAAAUUUAGAGAGUCCUAUAUUUACGAUCAAAGUUUUGAUUUGCCAUUAAUAUCGCGAAUCAAAAGUGGAUCCGAUUAUAGCAAAAGUAUGAGUUCUGUGUUGGACGACACCAGUACUCAAAGGGUGUCUGUCAUUAGCAAUGCUUCAUCUAAUACUACAUCUGGUAUUGUAUCGGAUAAAGUGCAAAGUAUUGAAGACAGUGAUAGAGAAGACAUUGAUAUUGAGAUAAUGAUAAACUCAGCGCCGGUAGUAUCACUUGAAUCUCUAGCUUUGAGUGAACCCAUAGAUAACUCAAUACGAAGAUCGUCGACAAAUCUUGAAGACAAACAGUCUAACUCUAUCAGCAAUAUUACUAUGAAUUGCAAUCAUAAUCAACAAAACAAACAAAAAAACAGUGAUAACGGAGUGCCUUCCAGUGCUAACAGUAUUAAAAGUACUUCAUCUGAACAAAGUAAUACAACCAUCAAAUCUAUUGUUCCUCUCGUUACCACAAAUAGACAGAUAAUUAACAUAAUUGGCAAUAAUAACAACCAUUUAUAUGAUUUUUGUCACAAUGAGAGUCAAACAAGUGAUAUAAUACCACUUAAACCAAACACUUCAUCAACUAGUCAUGAGUUGAUAUAUUCAACAAAUAUUGAAAACAAUACCAGAAUUACACAAAAACCCGAUCUAACGGUGCGAUCGGUAAAUCUGUCCAAAUUAACUGAAAGAGCCGAAUCAAUGAACCAUAUCUAUGAAAAUAUACCAUAUUUUUCACAAUUUCAAAAUCAAGAUAUUAAACCAAAGUUAGCAUUGAGAGCCUGUCCUUCGCUAAGCUCUACACUAACUUCAACCACAACAACACCAACUCAAAGAACAACCACAAGAAUCGGUGUUUCAUCUCUCACUCGAUCACACGUUAAGCCGACUCUAUCGGUGUUUACACCUGACUCUCAUUCAACACCAAAAGCACAACCAAUUGCUGCAUCCGAACCCAAUCUUCAUACAUCACCACUUUGGACAACAUCACCAACAUAUCUACCAAACAGAACCAAAUUGUUUGUCAAUGAAGAAACCAACAAAUAUCAAGUGAAUCCAACCAUUAGCUCUCAAAACAAUUUAAACAAAGAAUUAAACAUAAAUGUAUGCAAUGGAGUCAAUAUUCAAUUGGCCAGAAAAUUACUUCGAGAUAGUAGAGCUCACUCCGACUCCAGUGCCCAAUAUACUACUGUCCCCACAGUCAACAACAAUCAAAAUUGUUUUCCCGUUACAAAACAUUUAAUUGAUUGCAACAAUGAAUUAUCAGUUCAGCCAUCCUUUCAUCAGUCUCUGAAUAACAUCUCUAUGACAUCAAAUCAUCCUUUAAGACUGUUUGCAAGUGAUAUCAAUGUUAAUAAUAAUACUGAAUCUAAAGUAAAGUCAUUACUAAUACCUCCUCCACCGCCACAAUACGCCAACUCAUUCAAUGAGAUCCAAUAUUUAAGAUCUAUUAAUAAUAAUUAUAUUGAUUCACAAUUUAUCACUAGUCAGAAAAGGAACUCCUUAAUUACAGCAAAUGGAAGACUCGACUCCAAGACAUACAAUGACGAGAAGAACGGAUCAAUUUCUGAUUUACAACAACUCAGACAAAAGAGUCGAGACAUGAAUUUACCACUCAUUACGGCCUUAUUCAAUGACAGAUCACUAAUGAUGGUUCCAAAGACAGUUCCCGGCUCUGGUCAACGACACAUCAGUACUGCUCGAGAUAUUAGACGAUAUUCUUGUAGUUCUGACAUAAGCGCCGACAUUCCCUAUAAACACAUCUCAAUUAUGCCGUCCAGAAAAAUAGAGUCAGAGAUACACAUACCUAAACUUACUAUCAAUAAUAAUCGGCCGACGAGUUGGCACAUUGAAUAUCCUAACCUACAGAACAAUUAUGUUUGGGAACAGUAUCACAAUCAACAAACACCUGGUCAUGAAUUUCGCAAUAAGACCGCAGACUUUAUCGAUAGGAUUUGGGCCGAACACCAGUUGACCACUUGAUGGUCCAUAAAAUAAAAUCUAUUUUUAAUAGUCAUAUAUCGGGCAAAAUUGCAAACAAAAUAUAUAAAGUUAUAAAAAUGUUUCGCUCCGAGAGUCGACAAAAUUACUGAGAGAGAGGUUUAUAAAAAAAAUUGAGAUAUUGUGGAGCAUUGAAAUUAAUACAAUCAAUGAGUUCAUUAAGUAAUGCAAUAAAUUUUAUUAUAAUUUAAUUAUAUAUUUUAAAUAAGUGCCACAAAAAAUGUUAGUUU